GUACGGCACUGGGCACGAGCUGGGAAACUGAGUCAGGGAUGUGGAUGGGGCUGAGCCUGGGGAUGUGGAACGGGUGUCGCUGUGAUGAAGCCUUCAUUCCCCCUCAGUGCCCAGGAUACAUGAUGUUGACCAGACGAAUUGGUAGCCAGCAUCCCAACCCUGCGGGGCCAAGCUGCAGGCAGGUGAAGCCUGGAGUAGCCUGGGAAGCAGCAGUGAGUCUGUCUGUGAGUUAUUUUUAGGAGCUCACACCUAAGGACAGACCAAAUAGUCUCCUUUUAAAACAACUAGGUGCUGGUGAUUCCUAUGGAAAGUGCUGGAGAGCUGGGAGUGGCCUGAUCUGAAUGGCUCAAUCAGAAACUGGUGACAGAAGUCUGCCCACAGGGUACAAUCAAGUUCCAGACUUGACCAGCCUCCUUCACUGUCCUAGCACCUCUUCGGAAGUGAUGACACCACGAAGCUCCGUCUCAGUUUCUGUCUGCAUAACAAUCUUCUUCCUCCAGUGGGCAAAAGUAGUCACAGAUGCCCCCAUGGCCUCGGGGCUGUGGCUGUGCCAGCCUGCCCCCAGGUGUGGGGACCACCUCUAUAACCCCUUGGAGCAAUGCUGUGAUGAUGACACCAUCCUGCCUCUGAAUCGGACUCGCCUUUGCGGCCCCAACUGCACCUUCUGGCCCUGCUUUGAACUCUGCUGUCCUGAGUCCUUUGGCGCCCAGAAGUUUGUUGUGAAGUUGAAGGUCCUGGGCGUCAAGUCCCGGUGCUUCUCGUCCCCAAUCUCCAGAAACUGCCCCAGAACCAACCAGAAGAAGCCUAUGUGACUACCUCAGCAAGAGGAAGAUUCUGUCCUUGGCAAGAGGCCGCCAUUACACGCAGAACUCCCAGUGUACGCCAAUGGGCUUUUCCUCUAUAACAGUCCCCACCUCCCUGCGUUUCUCUGGAAAAGGGGGUUUCUUAGAGGAAUACAGGAGAACUGCCAAUGCCAGACAAGUUACGACUGAAACACAGGCAAGUUGGAAUUGCAAGUGUGGUGGCUUCUCACUGAGGGAGCUGUUGUUGCCUGGAGGGAUGAGGAAUGCUGCUUCCUUCCCCACAUGGGAGGUAUCCUUUGUUUUCUGGACUUGCUUGUGGUUUUGCCAGGGCUUGUGUGUGUCAAAUUCCAAUUCUCUGCUAUUCCUUAAAAAAAAAAAAAAAAAAAAUUGAGGGCAAGGAGGUGCUGGUAAAAGAACAUUUCUAUUGCUAACAUUGACACUAUAUACCCAAAUGAGAUGAAAUCACUAUCUCGAAGAAGUGGUGGCACACCCUU